GAGGAUUAAUAGUAUAUCGCAUACGGGGCGGUCUUGGAUUUGUAUGCGGUUGCUUUAAAAGUAGUAGUAGUAGGAGGCCUACAUAUAAUUAGCUAAAUAUGCCGUUUACAGAAACAGUACAAUCCUGGGGAAAGAUAGCUAUAGAUUCAGCAUUAGAAUACGAUACACCAAAAGUAGUGCAUAUCAAGAGCAAGAAAGUCGGCUUUAUCAAUCGCUUGAUUCAGAUUGGUGUUAUUGUUUAUGUUGUCGUAUGGGCUAUCAUACUCCAAAAAGGAUACCAGGAAACAGAUGAAGUUAUUAGUGCUGUUACAACCAAGCUCAAGGGAGUUGCCUACACAAACAUAACAAACCACCCCAACCUAAAUAUUGAAGAUGUCACCCCAUACAAUAGAAUCUGGGAUCCAGUGGAUUAUGUCAUACCCCCAAUGAUGGACAAUGCAUUCUUUGUGAUGACAAAUAUGGUAAUAACACCUGAGCAAUCAAGAGGAAGAUGUGCUGAGGAUCCAUUAAUGUAUGGUGUCAGAUGUGAAGAUAAUCCUGAUCUUAAUUGUGUCAAAGGUGACCCUGUCCCUAAUGGAAAUGGUGUUAAAACUGGUGAUUGUGUUACUUACAUUUUCCCUAAUGGAUCAAAAACAAAAACUUGUGAAAUUGAAGCUUGGUGCCCAGUGGAAUAUGAUGAGACUCCACUUCAGAAUGAAGCUGUGUUAGCGGCAGCUCGUAACUUCACAGUCCUCAUAAAGAACAGUGUUAGCUAUCGGAAGUUCAAUUUUGAAAAACGAAAUAUCGCUGAGAGCGCCAAUAAAUCAUACCUUACGACCUGUCGCUACAGCACCCACGCAAAUCCAUUUUGCCCAGUGUUUCGCUUGGAAGAUAUAGUAGCAGAGACUGGUGAAGAUUUUGAAAGGAUAGCAUAUCAGGGAGGUGUGGUAGGAAUUUUUAUAAACUGGGAUUGCAACUUAGAUAAAAACUGGGAUGACUGUCGACCACAAUAUUCUUUUAGAAGACUUGAUAAUAAAGAAGCCAAAAUAGCCAAAGGAUAUAACUUUAGGUUUGGACAUUUUUAUGUAAUAAAUGACACAGAUUAUCGAACUCUAACAAAGGCAUAUGGUAUCUUGUUUGAGGUAAUUGUGACAGGGACAGCAGGAAAGUUCAACUUCAUUCCAUUGACAACCAACCUAGGAGCAGGACUUGCCCUUCUCUCUAUUGCAACUGUGAUGUGUGACAUCAUCACUUUUUACAUCCUGAGAAAGGGGACUUAUUACAAAAGCAAGAAAUACCUGUACGUGGAGAAUGUUGAUAGUGACGAGUAUAAUUCUUCUGAUAUCCAGCUUUGGUCACAAGAUGAGAACUAGUCUAGAAAAUUACAGAAAUCAUAAAUUUGAAAAUGAGGGACAAUCAAUAUCAACAGCCACUCCAGCAAGGUCCACUAACAUGGGUCCACUGACCGCAGGUCAACCGUAUGUUGACCCUUUGUGAGCAAGUUUUCGAUGUCUUUGAGGAGGCUGAAGCAAUAUUUUGAAAUACCAGUUUAACAAUUGCUUAACUAGUACUUUUGAUAUAUUUUCCAUUUGCUUGUUUUGCUUUGAUGAUGAUAUUUUAGUUAAUGUUCUGUGCAUCCUUUUCUGUACUUUUAUCCUGAUUAAUACUUUUAUUUAAUCAAUAUAAUAAAAAUAUUUUGUUACAAAUUUGUAUAAAUUAAGAAUUUAUUCAGCAAUAGAAGACCAUUAUAUAAAUGGACUUAGGGCAAACUCAACAUUGGGCUGGUCCAGGUGUACUAAAAGAGAUCCCUGGUAGUCUAAACCACUGCUUGGUUCCUGAGUUUUGUUUGUUCAUAUACAUAUAUAUAACAACUUUUAUUCAAGAUCUAUAGUAAUUGAAUACAAUUUACUGUAAAGUUUCCUGUGCGUAUACAGUUAACAAAACAAAACUAAAACAAAUCAUACCACUUAUUUUUAUCUUAUUUCUAUCAUAAAAUUUUGAUUUUGUAUUGAGUAUUUGGUGUAGACCUUUGAUUAUUUAUUCUUCUUGUUGAUUUUAUUGUUUACCCUCCUGUAAAUGGUGAAUUUAAUUUGCUGUUGGUUUGGGUAUUGAAAUAAAAAAAUAAAAA